AUGGCUGGCCAACUGUCGCUCGAAAAAACGUUUCUCCUCGCAGCAUGGAUAGAGGGCAUUUUAUACGGAUUCCUAUGCUGUAUAUUUGGUGCUACAAUGUAUAUCUACUUUUCGUCGAUGUACAGUCGAAUCGGAUCCAGGCGUGAUCGACACACAACGGGCAUGAUUAUAAUCUCAGCUAUCAUGUUUUUCAUUGCCUCAUUUCAUUUGGUCAUGAACGGGUUUCGCCUUCUGCGCGGGUAUGCUGAUGAGCGACUGGCCCCGGGUGGGCCAGUGGGUUAUCUUGGAGUCCUAAGAAAAUGGGAUCACAUUUUAAAGGAUACUUUGUACGCUACACAGGAGAACCUUGGGAGUGCUGCGGCGAUUUACAGAUGUUGGGUUCUUUGGAAUUUUGAUUGGAGAAUCAUAGCUCUCCCCACUAUUCUGCUUUUUACCAAUAUUGCUGCUGGGUAUGUCGUUUGCGGCACAUAUCCCUCCAUCGACCCCACAGCUUCGAUAUUCAACCCGGUUCUGCUUCAAUGGAUCAAGACCUUUUAUUCCAUUGCAGUAGUGCUAAAUGUGAUGACGACCGGUCUCAUGAGUUAUCGGAUUUGGAUUGCGCACAAGAAUUCUGCAAGUUAUAUUGUCGGAAAAGGAAGAUUAAUUUCUAUUAUUCGAAUCCUAAUCGAGUCAGCUGCACUUCAGCUCAUUGUAGAAGUUGUGUUGCUCGCACUUUAUACUGCCAACCUUAACGCCCAGUACAUUCUAUUAGAAUGUGUCACACCUACGGUGGCUAUAACAUUCAAUACAAUCACGUUGCGUAUAAAGCUACAGUCUGAAGCUAUGGCCAGGUCUAGAUCAAUGGGUUAUACGGAUCCCAGUAACGCGGUUCAAACUAUUGGAAGUCUCCCCAUGAAGCGACUUCGUGUUAAUAUUAAUCGAGAGACUGAUCAAGACACCUCAGAAGCCUCUUAUGAUGAUAAGACCAAUGCGGUUUAG